AUGAACGCAUUUGACAGCAACGUGCUGUAUAAUAAGCUGUGGAGCUUGGAUCAAACAGAAGCUCGAAUCAGGGAUGCGUCACGCUAUAUUGGUUCGUUUCCAUAUAAUGCCAAAGAAUCCUAUCAAGUGUGGGAAGAAAACUUCAGAUAUUGUAAAGAAGAACGUAAACUAUUGUUUUUGUUUGAUGCAAAUAAAAUGAAUGAGAUUGUAGAUAUGUCCUGA